AUGAUCUUCAAUCAGCAAAAAGCAUUCAAUCCUGAUAAGCAAAUACCUGACCUAUCGGGGAGAGUUGUUCUCGUUACCGGAGGGAAUAAUGGCCUGGGAAAGGAGACCGUAAAUCAGCUUGCAAAACACAACCCAGCCAGGAUCUACCUCGGAGCUCGAAAUCAAGAAAAAGCUCAGGCCGCCAUCGCCGCCAUUAAGAAAGGGAUACCGGAGGCAAAUGUUGUCUUUCUUGAGAUCGAUCUUGCAUCUUUCUCCUCUAUAGCCAAAGCUGUACGUGUGUUCUUGUCAGAGGGCGAUCGUCUCGACGUCCUUGUCAAUAAUGCCGGUAUCUUUGCGUGCCCACCGGGUCUUACGGAAGAUGGCUACGAGAUCCAAUUCGGUACCAACUAUAUGGGCCCAGCCCUCCUCACAAGAUUGCUCUUGCCUUGUUUGGAGAAAACAGCUGCAGUUCUAGGCAGCGACGUGCGUGUUGUCUUUUCAAAGCUUGCUGAAAUGUAUUUCGCUCGAUGCCUGGCCAAAUCCAACCCUGCCAUCACAACAAUCGCAGUCCACCCAGGAGUGGUUCGCACAGGCAUUAUGGACGGCCCAAUGUCAAACCCCAUCAUGAAGUGGCUUUUGCGAUUUGUAGGAAACGCAGCGUCUGUCGAUAUUCCAACAGGGACGUUGAAUCAAUUGUGGGCAUGCACGGUGCCACGUGAAACAAUUACAAAUGGUGGAAUGUACUACCCAGUUGGCAAAGAAUUCAAGGGGAGGAGAGAUGCACCAGAUGAAGAUGUAGCUAAGGAGUUAUGGUCAUGGACAGAAUCCGAACUAAAACACAUCGAGCUUUAA